ACCUUAGUAUAGUCCCAGUACCUGCGCCAGGUUGCACGCGUUUUUCGGCACUCUUUGUCGUGUCUCCGUCGGGUUCGCAGUCUGCUGCGAUAUUGUUGGGGUGCCAUUUGGUAGCUCCACGAUUCGAUCGUCACGCAAUACGUUUCGGUGUGCAAUACGUGUGAAGAUGUAAUUCUCCAUAUGAUCGUGUGAAUAACCAUUUGAUGGCAGAAAGCUGAAAAACCAUAUAUUGCGCUUAAACACGUGAGUGAGUACGCGAGCUGUUGGCAGCUAAUUGUGAAUAUCUGACGUGAACGAUCUUGAAUGUGUACCGGAGAUCUGAAGGCUCCGGGAGGCGAUGCAAAGCCGUCUUCUGUUUAAGUGGAGAUCAGUGAACUGUAAAGAAUGUUCCUUCUGGUGGGUGCAGUCUGUGUCUUAUCAAACGGAGAAUAAUUAAGGUGAUCGUGAUUCGCGUGACUGUGCGAAACCCGCGGAAGUUGGGCUAGACAUUUUUUUUGUGUUGACAGUUUGAAUCAGUGGAAUCGAUUCAAUUAACUGAUUGUGUGUGUAUAGUGAAAAGUUGUAACGAACGAACGAACGGAAAAAUAACAACAAUCUGUCGGUUAAUUGAUGGUGGAUUAAUAGCAGAUAUUAAAAGCACCGUAUUUUCGUGUGUGCAUCAGCAGGGGAACUAAAAGUGGUGGCUGCCCGCGGGGAAUCAAGGUUAAUGUUGGGCUUUGGCUGCACAGAAACACAGAAACUGGAUCCAAUUCGAACAGGUUUUACUCGAGGCACUGGAAAGGCAACUGGAAAAUAAAAGAAAACAUGACGACUUCAACUCGGCAGGAAGGGGUGUUUAUUAUUUGAAGGCUGGUUGGAAAUGUAGUGAAUCAUAGCUGAAGCAGAGCAUAUGAGCUCACCUAUCCACAGAACAUGUGAUCUCCAUGAGGCGCUAUGAUGAUGCAUCUUUCGCGAAUGCAGGCAUCCCAUCGUCAGCAGCAGUCGCCGGCCCAAAAGACUCGGUCACCCGAUCCAGCAGGUGGCGGUGUGAAGGGAAAAACUGGCGACGGUGGUAGUGGAGGCGGUAGUAAAAAAAGUAAUCUAAUUUUUCGCAAUAAUCGUAACUCCAGUGGCAGCCGGUUGGGUGCAAUCGUGACGGGAAAAAAGUGCAAUACAGAGAAGAAAGUUUCGCGCCUGAACCAUGAAACAAACAGUAAAAACCAAAAUGGGGGAUCUGAUCUAGACUACAACGAAGAGGAUAUGUUUACGAAGGUUCCCAAAAUGGAACUGUUGAAGGUAAACUAUGUCAACUUAAAGCAGAAGGAAACCAGCAGCAAUGCAAAGAAGAAAGCAGCAGAAGAGAAAAAAGCAAAGGGGGCGGCCACAUCAAUAACAUCGAAUGUUAGCAAAAAUCAGCCUUCCGCUAGCAUUGCGAGCAAAAAUAAAGCAUCUACCGAUGAAUCGCCGAGUUCUGAUCCUCAAGAGGACAAAUCAAAAUAUUUGGUGUACAAAAAACAUAACGGCUUUGGAUCGAACCCUUCAAUAGCUGAAAGUGGUGCCAAACUUCAAUAUAUUAACGACUCUGAUGUGAAGUUGAAAAAUGGCAAGAAAAAGUAUACGUUGUUCGACACCAAAAAGAAGAACAAACUCGAAACGGUGCAGUAUUAUUUUGACAGCCGGAGUUACGAGCGCUAUGUUGAUAAUAAAUUGUACGGAGUGAUAAACAAAAAUCAACAACAACAGCAACUGCAACACAAACAAAGCGUUGGAACGAAACCAACUCGAGCUGAAACUCCCAAAAGCAACUCAAAGCAGGACCAGCCGGAUGAUGCCCUCAAGCGCCUCAGCUGGGAUCUGCGAACAAAUAGACCCAGCAUGUUGCGGGUAAUCAAUCAAGCGGCGAUAUCGAACAAAUCAACCACAGAAUCCAAAGGCCCGCAAUCGAAAUCAGUGAAAGGUGGUACCACCUUUAAGCAGCAGCCCCAUCAGGACGGCAACAAUCGCAUUUUCAAAUUACAAAAAAGCCAUACCUGUACUAAUUUGAUUACACGCCAUAGAUCAAUGAACGAUAUUCAUCGGAUAAAUCAAUUGUUCCAAGAAACGAAAGCAACAGCACCUGACAACAACGGCAAACAGCAGUCAGCAACUCCACCGCCACCUUCUCUUCCACCGCUAAUAACUCGACAGCACAGUAGCAGCGCCAUAGCGCUGAAUCGACAAACCGUCAAUAAAAGUCCCCAACAACCGCCGACUGCCACUACACCCAAACCCACUUCCACCCCCACGACGGGAGCCGUCCGCGAAGGCAUUCAUCGCUUCGAGAAAAACAAGUGCUCGAAAAGUGAUGAAACCUCAUCGAAGCAGCAAAAAUAUCUUGUCCACAAGCGAUACAGCGCUCGAUCUAAAGCGGAACAGAGCGACGUCUCAAGCGCAGCUACAGCUGCGGUCACACCGCCCACCACUCCACCGUCAACUCCCGUAGCAACGUUCAUAUCGGACGAUACCAUUAGCAAACGAAUACGACGAAUAAUUGACAGUCACAACGGCACGGGGGGCUCAACCGAAACCAUCGACUUCGAGUCGACAUCAAAACGAAAAGCCAUUCGGGUGCGGUCGAAAUCCGUCGAACGAACGCUCAGUGAUGAUGACGGAAGUACCGCCAGUGGCAAGAGCAGCAAAACUACCUGCGGCUACAAGAACUGCAAGUUCUCGAACUGCCCGAUGUCAUCCUCGUCAUCUGGAUCAUCCGAUUCGUCCACGGUAUCCGUUUCUUCCUGUGAUUCAAAGAAAUCAAACCCCACCGAGAGUCACCACCACAGCUGCCCCAAAGCGAGGGAUAACGAAUCGGACAUCGUAUCCGGGAAACGAACGUCGAUCGCCAUCAACGAGGGGGAUUGCGAGGUCCUGCUGAACAACGCCCUGAUUGGGAAGUUGUGCGAGAAACGCGAUAACAUACACCGGGGUUCCAAGAUCAAGGAAAUUGAUUUGGAGACAAGCCGGUUGAUCAUCGAAAAGGCGUCCCCCGAAUCGGUGGUUCCUUCGCGGCAAAAGUUUUGGAACCAACACAACCAACGAAACAUGAAGCUGAACAACAAUCCCCAGAGUAAACCGUACAACGACAAAAUGACCAUAAACAAUAAGAUUAGGAAUGAGCAGAAUAACAGUAUUAAGAUUUUUAUCACGGGACAAGGGGCCACCAAAGGUGGCGAACCAAUUUCGUUGAGUUCUACCAUAGUUGGUGAUGACAGUGGCGGAAGCUCGGCCGCCUCGGUGUCCAGUUCAAGCGGUGGGGAUUCUGACAAAGAUGACGGGUAUUAUGAUCAGAGCGAGCGAUCGUUGAGCCCAGCGGAUAAACAGCAGCCCCUGUCGAUAGUAUCAACCGUGAGUACGGGAAGUACCGUGUGUAGCGAUCGGACGAAUGUAUCAAGCGUAACCUGCGGUAACAUGAUGAGCAUCAAUGGUAGCGGAGGUGGUGGUAGUGGUGUUAGUCGUUUCACCUCCAAGACGAGCAUAAGGUUGGGUUGCGAUGGCGCAUUGUUCUGGAACAAUACCUAUUUUGACGAUUCGGAUAAACCGCCCGACGGCUCGUCCGAAAGCGUUGGGAAAGUAUGCUGUGGCAGUGCGGCUAAUUGUUGCUGCUGUUGCUGUCGACGGAGGAGUAUCACACUGAGCAAUUGUAAUUAUAUUAUUAGUUCAAUAGAUGCGGACGGUUGUGACGGUUCCGCCAAUAACGCAUGCGAUACUACUGGUCACGGAGGUAACGUGAAACCACCUAGCAUUAGUGCUAACGGGGGCGGUGGAGGCUGCAACGGAACGAACGGUGGAAUAGUGCUGAGAAAAGCACAGCUUCAGUGCGGAAUGGCGAAGCUCAACAGUAAGAUCGAGGGCUUCUCGCCACGGCCACGUUCCGUUGAGGGCCCACCGGACUCGGGAAUCUCCAUUAGCAGCGAUACCAUAAUAGCCAGCUCGGACAGCGAUCUCAAUUUGCAGAGCCAAACGGAUUCGGACGAACGAAAGCUAAAGCGAGGCCAUGUGCUAGCGGAACUACUCGAGACUGAACGAAUCUAUGUCGCGGAGAUGGGGUCCAUUCUGAAGGGCUAUCGGGACGAGAUGCAGUCGGAAGAGAUGAGCUCGCUGGUACCGCCGGGGCUGCAAGGCAAGGCAGACAUCCUCUUUGGCAAUCUGCACGAGUUGUACACCUUCCACAACGAUAUAUUUCUGAAGGACUUGGAGAACUGUAUCUCCACCACGGAGCUGGUAGCGCUGUGCUUCGUGCAGAGGAGGGACACAUUUUUCCGGUUGUACUCGUACUACUGUCAGAAUAUUCCCCGCUCGGAACGACUGCGGGAGACACUCGUGGACACCCACCUGUUCCUGCAGGAAUGUCAGAAGAAACUCGGCCACAAACUACCGCUCGCUGCGUACCUGCUGAAACCAGUACAAAGGAUUACCAAGUACCAGCUUCUUCUAAAAGAUCUGUUGAAAUUCAGCGACACGGGGACAUGUUCACGCGAGCUGCAGAAGGCGUUGGACUGCAUGCUGGUGGUGCUCAAGUGCGUCAACGAUUCGAUGCAUCAGAUCGCAAUAACCGGUUUUCCCGCCGACCUCUCGCAACAGGGUGAACUACUGUUGCAGGACUCAUUCCAAGUGUGGACCGAAAGCAAAAAGGACCUCCGGCUCCGACUGAAAACCCAACACCGACAUAUAUUCCUGUACCAGAAGGCGAUGCUGUUCUGCAAGCAGGGUUCGAAAACUGGCCACAACAAGAGUACCUACCAGUUCAAGCACUGGCUGCAGAUGUCACAAAUCGGUCUCACCGAAUCGGUACGUGGCGAUCCGAGGAGGUUCGAGGUGUGGCUCCAGGGUCGACAGGAGGUGCACACGAUACAGGCUAACACGAUAGACAUUAAGAACAAGUGGGUAGCGGAAAUCAAGCGGGUGCUACUGAACCAGCUCGAGGAGCUCAAAGGAGAGAAAAUAAAGCAAUACGGACUGAAUCACAAACACCUGCAUAAGACCACCUCGUGGGAUGUACCGCAGGCCAUUCAUGGUAUGCCAAAUCGCACCUUCAGCUGUGAUCAACAGUCAGUGACGGCCACAGUCGGCAACAUUCAGCACCUCGGCGGACAGGAAGUCAUCACCCGGAUUUCGCAUCUGACCGAUGACGGUAUGAUGAGUGCCGCCGGCAUUUCCUCGUCCUCGUCCGAGCACGACAAUCAGGAUACGAGCGCCUGGAGUUCGGAUUAUUCGAACAGCGAGGACGAAUUUACACAUGGGGAAGACGGUGCCCUGCCGGGUCAUAAAUUUGUGUCGCUGGCAGAUUACUGUGCAAUGGGAAAUUCGGAAGUGUCAAUGAAGGAAGGAGAUAUCGUGGAACUGCUCAAGAUCGGCUGCGCUGGAUGGUGGUUUGUGAAGACUAUGGCAAGUGGUCUCGAGGGAUGGGCUCCUGCUGCAUAUCUGGAGCCACUGAACCGGAAAGCGUCGAGACUUCGAAGUGCUCGUAGCCAAGAUAAAUUGAAUGAUCAUUAAAGAGGUAAAGACAAUAGAUUCGAUUAAGGUAGGAUUAGGUAAAUGUGUAUGUGUUUCUAUGUGAGCAAGCGUUUGCUUCUUCGUUACAUCAUGUCGACACGGACAGGAAAUCCAAUUGUGGAGAGACAUAACAUAAACCCUAAUCAUUUCCAACUGUCGUUUCAUCAUAUCACAUGUUGAAUCAACCGAACUCUCUGUUUAACCUAGCAAAAAUAUACAUGAUAGCAAAUGUUAGGGAUUUAGAAGCCGUUGCCGCAUAUUAGAUGGAAUCAUCAAUUAUCAAUAACUGAAAACGCUGGCGUAUAAUUUAGGGGCAUCCAAUCAAUAUAAAGAAAACCUGCUAAGAAUUUCGAAUUUAAAGAAUCAUUCACAAAAUAGAUUUUCUACUCAAUACUAUCUUCCUUUUUCUAUCCUAUCACCUGUUGUCAAACAAAAAACUACGCUUACGCCUAAAUCAAAUUCGUCAGAUUUGAGCACCUCUAAUGUUUGAAACUACAUGUAGAACAAAGCCAAAGCAAGCAUAACAUCGAACCGGUAAAUACUUACGCGUUGAUAAUGACCCAAGAGCAAAACAGUGUGUGAUGAUAAGUGAUAACCCAAACACAGCAACAAACUCAUUAUAUUCAACAUUGUAUGAAGAUUGGAACAAAGUAAAGGAAAGAACAGAUAUCCUUUCGAUGCGCGCGUUUGUUCGUUUUUAAGUUAUUUAUUUAUUGAUAGCUCCGUUUCCUCGUAUGUUGUUUGUGAAUAUUAGCGAUUAUUUGUUGUUUUAUUGGUUGAGUUCGUUGACUCACUCUACCUCUUUUGCGUUCACAUUGUCUCUGUUGUACAUUGUUUUUUACUUCCUUCUCUGACUAAACUAGACUGUAAACUCUUUUUAAGUAUGUUCGAUAAUGCAAUGCGAUGGCACGCGUAUGAUAAUUACAGACAAUUGAACAAAUAAUCAAAAUUCAAGCGAUGAAAUCACAAAUCAUCAUUUGCUUGUUAUUGAGAAGAGCAUUCAUUUUGAUAGAUAUUGUAUUUUUUACUGCUAUUAUUAAUAUUACUUCGUUUUAUAUGUAAUCUUUAGAAUGUAAAUGAAAAGUGGAAGGGAAAUUGAAUGGUGAAUCCAUAUCGGUUGAACAUGUUUCGCAAGCGAAUGAACUGCAAAGUUUAAAGCCUCUUAAAAACAAAGAAAGGAAGGAAGCAAGCGUUUCAAAUACGGAUGAAGUGAUAAAAAUCAUAAAUCAAUCGCAUAUUAUGAUGGGAUUAACAUCCAAAUUAUUCGCUUAUGAGCGUACGUGAAUCAAAGCAGAAAGUGAGAACACAGCGCCGGUUAAUUAAAUUAACAAUAAUACAAGAACAAUGUUUGUUCAGCAAUAUAUGGUAACUGGAA